CUCCUCAACUUAUCAACAGCCUGUUUUAUUAUAGAGCUCUGAGUUUGUUUGACAACAACACGUGUUAGAGACUUUAGGCUCAUACUGGUGAUAUAGCACCGUCAACUGCGACAAGUGUCGGCCAUAGUUCUACUCCUAACGUGGGAAAAUCAACAUUUUCGAUAGGACUUUUCAAAACAAAAGUGGUUAUAAUUGAGAGAAAUCGACAUUCUGAACAUUCGUAGGUGUUAAGCUGUAAUGGUACCAGAGAGGGUAAUGGAUUGUGAACAGAGAUUCAAAAUGGAAAAAGAUGAGAGUUACCAUGACAAUCAAAGUAUCGGAAGUGAUGACCAACUCAAUGACUAUGAAAAUGACGAGAAUCUUAGCAUGCAUCAAUCAAGGAAACGUACUUUGGACAUUCUUGGAGAUGAUUUUUGUACAAGCCCCGAUGCCAUGAACAAGAAAAAACGAAAAGUAUCAACCUCUCCCCAAUCGUUCGAAGAUCUUCAAACACAACGCGUUCUUGCAAAUGUCCGGGAAAGGCAACGUACCCAGUCACUAAAUGAAGCAUUUACAUCGCUGCGAAAAAUCAUACCGACUUUGCCAUCGGACAAACUCAGUAAAAUCCAGACUCUAAAACUUGCUACACGAUACAUUGACUUUUUGUACCAGGUGUUACGCAGCGAUGACCAUGACUCGAAGAUGGCAAGUUGCAGUUAUGUGGCACAUGAAAGACUCAGUUAUGCUUUUUCUGUAUGGAGGAUGGAAGGGGCCUGGUCGGGAAUGACUGGACACUGACCUAGCUAGGAGGGAUAAAAUAUAAUAUAUACAAAUGUCGAUCUGUGUUCAAGACGUAACGUACGUGAUGUGCCGGAAAGUGCCAAAUACUAUUGUUAUGCUUGGAGCCUGUGCAAUACAGAAUAUGGUGACCAUGGAAACAAGAGUAACUCUCUUCUGUUACCAUGGAAAUUGAGCUGUCGUUGAAUAUGAUGAAUGACGUCAUCAACUCAAUGCGUUAUCCGUACCAUAUCACGAUCGAGAACUCAACUGCUGGUGACUUUGGUGAAUAAGAGAAAUGAUCUUUUCUAACACUGGUUGAAUGCACUGGAAGUACUUUACACUCCCCCGACAGAAUUAAAGAUGCUUUUAGGCCAACCAUAAACUGACGUAGUACCAGUUGAUACCAGAUCUGCAAUCUAAAAUCGAGGAUCCCGCCGUGAAAAUAAAUUAGUGACUUUUCAAUAUCCCACGAAAUCAUCUUAUUAAAUAGACAAGCAAAACAUGUUGAAGUACUUAUCCACAUGGAUUAAAAUCAUUGCGGAUUGAACAGUUGAAAUAAUAUCUUACUGACACUAAUGCGAGAGCAUUGUGUAAGCUUUUCAAUGCGUUUUGAUAAUCCUCUUUACCAUGAGGAAUAUUCAUCCUCCGAACGCAGGGGUCCGGGGCGUUUUCACACGUUUUUUCCCAAAAGAAUUUAUUCUUGGAGUUAUGGCCCUGCGCUCGGAUGAUUUCAAUUAUUAUUGAGUGAUAUCUUAGAAGUGAGAAAAUCAGAAAUCGUAAGGCAAUUUAAUUUACACUAAGCAAAUAAUAUAAAUUGUAAAUAGUUGUACAGAUAUGAGUGAGUUGUAAAUGCGAACUGGUGCUAACAUUUCAUACGUGUAUAUAUUCAUUGUAGAGACCAAUAAAUCAUUUAAUUAUUUCAUUUGACAUGAUGUUCUUGGUUACCCUUUGCAUUCAUUCGACUUCACUUCUAAAACGAGAGCUAACUAGACUUUGCGCGCAGGGUAGUUCUUGGUAUGGUCUAUUCAGG